AUGACAAACGAGAAACCAAACGUGUUAAUAUUAGGUGGCGUUGGAUUUAUUGGACGCCAUUUUAUCCAUUAUUUAUUAGAACAUCAGUUGGCAGGUCACAUACGUGUCGCUGAUAAAGUCUUGCCUCAAACAGCUUAUUUAUCUGAACAGUUUAAACAAGAUUUCAAACAUGUCGAAUACAAGCAAUGCAACCUCAUCAAUCCAGCUUCCAUUGCUUCUUGUUUUGAGGAUAUCGAGUUUGACUAUGUGUUCAAUUUUGCUGGGGAAACGAAAUAUUCCCAAGUACCAGAAAUCUAUCAUGACCGUAUUUACAACUUGUCUGUUAACUGCGCUAAAGAAGCAGCCAAGCGUAACGUCAAAUUGUUUGUCGAGAUGUCAACAGCUGAAGUCUAUGAGCAUAGCUCUAGUCCAUCCAAUGAACAGUCGCGUAUCGAGCCUUGGACAAUUAUUGGCAAACACAAAUAUGAAGCAGAACAGGCAUUGUCAUCUAUUGAAGGUAUAAAUCUUAUCAUCCUUCGCCCAGCUAUUGUGUAUGGGCCUGGGGCUCUGACGGGAUUAACACCUCGUUUGAUCAUUGGCAGAGUGUACAAAUACUUGAAUGAGGAAAUGAAAUGUCUGUGGUCUAAAGACCUCAAGCUUAACACGGUUCAUGUUCGGGAUGUGGCCAGAGCCAGCUGGCACUUGACCCAAUGGUACUUUGAUCAGCAGAAAGAGGGUGAAACUGUGGUCUUUAAUUUGGCAGAUAAACAAGAUACAGAUCAAGGAAUAAUUAAUCAGCAUAUAUCAAGUAUUUUCAACAUUGACACUGGUUAUCAUAGUCAUGCUAUCUCAGCUAUGGCCAAGCUUGAUUUGAAUGCAGUAGUAGAGAUAGUCAACGAAAAGCAUUUGGCACCUUGGGGUGAACUUUUAAGUAAGAAUGGCAUCAGUUCGACACCUUUAUCGCCAUACUUGGACAAGGAGUUACUUUAUAACCAUUCACUCUGCAUAGAUGCAAGUAAAAUAGAAAGAGAGACAGGAUUCAACUAUCAAGUGCCAUACUUGACAGAUGAUAAUUUAAUUGAAAUUAUGAAUGAAUUUAAAAAUUUACAUGUUUGGCCUAAACAAGAUAUCCAAUAA